AUGCACUUUCAGGGGGUUCCGGACGAAAUAAUGUGUAGGGUCUUCCCAACCACCCUUAAAGGACCAGCACGAGUGUGGUUUAGUAAGAUUCCUCCAAAUACUGUUAGUUCCUUCAAUGAGUUGAGUAAGUUGUUUGUCAAUAACUUCAUUAAAGGUCAAAGGCAUAAGCGCUCCUCGUCCUGUUUGCUGACUAUAGAGCAAGGAGAUAAUAAAAGUUUACGGUCCUUCAUCACUCGCUUCAAUAGGGAAUCCUUGAUGGCGGACGAGAUGGAUGAUAAGCUGCUGUUAACAGCCUUCCACAAUGGAGUUAGUUCAGAUUUAUUCAUCCACAAGCUCUAUGAUCAAGAACCACAUACCACAGCUAAACCCAUCCACUCAGCCCAAAGUUUCAUGAAUGCAGAAAAUGCGAUCAUUACCAAGAAGAGGAAGAGAGCAGAGCAGAUGGAAGCGGAGCUCCCACAUCAUUCUGAACAAGGCACUCGUCCAAAGAAGGCCCGGACGGGAGAAAAGAAGGAUAGAGACAACAUGGAGGCAUGUUCGUCUUUAGGAAGAAGUUUGCAUUACACACCCUUGAACAUUCUGCUUGAUCAAGUGCUUAUGCAGAUCAAGGAUGACCCAUCCUUGAAGUGGCCAGAGAAAAUGAAGGGAGAUCCUAAUAAGCGUAAUAAGAACAAGUAUUGUCGUUUCCAUAGAGACCACGGGCAUGACACGAACGAAUGCUAUGACUUGAAGCAGUAG